GGAAACUAUAGGGCCGUAAGUCGAUGGGCCCCGCUGACUGACAGAUGAGGCUCCAUAAGGGCCCUAACAGGAUGAGGCUAGGCCACCACCACGUGGCUAGGGAGGGAUUACGCUGAGCGAGCAGAAGGUAAACAGAUUAUUCCCGGAAUGGAGCUUGAAUUUUGAAUCUCAUCACCAUUGUCACACUUAUACCGACAGUGGAGUAACUUGGAGUUCCUUUCCAUGCCCCCUCACCUUGGCACCUUUUUCAAUCCUUCGUCCAGGUCUGCAGGGAUCAUUGACUGACUCAACGAUCAAACCAGGAUUCUAACUCCAGUAUUCUAACACCAGGAUUCUAACUCCAGGAUUCUAACUCCAUCUGCUAAAACCUAACUGGAGCCAAGACAAUAGUGAACAACUCCUCUUUUGGCUCUAGAGCCUAGAGACUUUGUCAACAGUGACAAUACAUUUUUCCUCAUGGACUCGAGAUAAAGGUUUUCAGAGACUUUCCUUUUGUUUCCAAAUGAAAACUUUUUGGCUCUGAAAGGACCUAAACUAGUCCAUCAUGCAUUUGAGAAUGGGACUGUUCCUCACCCUAUUUCUCUUUACCCUUGCAGCCCCUCGAAUCAAAGACCUACAGGUCCAAGAUUUGUUUGGAAUCCGAGAUGUUAAAUACAGACACUUCCUAGAGAGUCUAAGACCAGUCAAACACACCACCAAUGUCAAAAUGAUAAAGGACCUGGACAGGCACCGGACAAAGAGGUCGACGUUCUUCACCACGGGGGUGAAAAUAUGUCCUCAAGAGAAGAUGAAGGAGGUAAUCUCCAACCAUCGGGCCUACUACAAACUUAGAGUUUGUCAGGAAGCGAUAUGGGAGGCCUUCCGUAUCUUCUUGGACAGGGUUCCUAACUCCGAGGAGUACAAACACUGGACCUACGCCUGCCAGCAUGGCUCUCUCUGUCUGGACGAGGUGGCCAGGAACUUCAGUAGUACCCAGGAACACAUUGACAUGGUGGCCAGAAGAGUUGCUGAACAGGAGAAGAUCCAGAAAGAAAGCGGUGAAGUACCAACAGCUAGAGGAACUGAGACCGAGAAAUGCUCGAAAACUCCAUCAGAACUGUUUAGCAUACCGAAUGAAGCAGAGGACAUAACAGAGAUUCCAAACAUUGUGCCAGAUGAGGCGGUUAUUGAGGAGCAGAUAGUGGAGUUCAGUGUCACCAUAGCUGACCCUGGCUACAGUGAACUUCUUCUGAGAGACCCUGCAGCUCCCCAGUACCAUGACAUCACACGCAAUCUCCACGAUACGAUGGUUCACGUUUUUGACAAACUUCCUGGGUAUAAAGAUCUUCGUGUUUUGGGAUUUCGGUUGGUUGAAUUUAGAUCUGAUGAUGUGUCAGUCCGCUAUGCUGUGGUGUUUGAGACGAAUGGAGAAGACCAUGACACAGAAUCUAGAACCACUCUAGAACCAGGCACAGGGACAGUUGUUUACACAAACGGGCACAGACUGAAGGAUCUGGUUUCCAAGGCCUUGAGCAAAGAGACAUCCCUGCCUGUGGACAUACAAACACUCAGUUUUGAACCUGAUCCCACGGUUUCUCUACGCGAUGAGUUGGAAGCGACUACCUUGGAGAUCUUGCUAGAGGAGGUUGUUGGGCAUACUGAAGGUUUCUUACCAACUGUUGCUGUCGGAGAGGAAUUUCUUAAAGCAUUUACAGACACACCUGAGGAACUCACUGUUGUGCCUUUAGGUGACUCAGUUACUGUUCUUCUCACUGAGGCUACCACUGCCUCCCCUGCCACUGAAGUAACCCCCAAUACCCCCCCAGAGGAACUUACUGAGAGUCCUCCCUCAGAAGAAGUAGAGUUGCCUCCAGUGGUGGCUACAGAUGAGAUGCUUGAGGUAGAGGAGCCUGCAGUGGAUGUUACAGAGGAGACGAUUGAGGUAGAGGAGCCUGCAGUGGAUGUUACAGAGGAGACGAUUGAGGUAGAGGAGCCUGCAGUGGAUGUUACAGAGGAGACGAUUGCAGUCAAGGAACCUCCAGUGGGUGUUACAGAGGAGACGAUUGAGAUAGAGGCUACAGAGAGGACGCUUGACGUAGAGGAGACUGCAGUGGAUGUUACAGAGGAGACGAUUGCGGUCAAGGAACCUCCAGUGGGUGUUACAGAGGAGACGAUUGAGAUAGAGGCUACAGAGAGGACCCUUGACGUAGAGGAGACUGCAGUGGAUGUUACAGAGGAGACGAUUGAGAUAGAGGCUACAGAGAGGACCCUUGACGUAGAGGAGACUGCAGUGGAUGUUACAGAGGAGACGAUUGAGAUAGAGGCUACAGAGAGGACCCUUGACGUAGAGGAGACUGCAGUGGAUGUUACAGAGGAGACGAUUGAGAUAGAGGCUACAGAGAGGACGCUUGACGAAGAGGAGACUGCAGUGGAUGUUACAGAAGAGACAUUUAAAGUAGAGGAGCCUCCAGUGGAUGUUACAGAGGAGACGAUUGAGGUAGAGAAGCCUGCUGUGGAUGUUACACAGGAGACGAUUGAGAUAGAGGAGCCUGCUGUGGAUGUUACAGAGGAGACAAUUGAGGUAGAGGAACCUGCUGUGGAUGUUACAGAGGAGACGAUUGAGGUAGAGGAGCCUGCUGUGGAUGUUACAGAGGAGAUGAUUGCAGUAGAGGAGCCGGUGGAUAUUACAGAGGAGACGAUUGAGGUAAAGGCUACAGAGGGGACUCUUGACGUAGAGGAGCCUGCAGUGGAUGUUACAGAAGAGACAUUUGAGGUGGAGGAGCCUCCAGUGGAUGUUACAGAGGAGACGAUUGAGGUAGAGGCUACAGAGGGGACGCUUGAUGUAGAGGAGCCUGCAGUGGAUUCUACAGAGCAGACGAUUGAUAUAGAGGAGACUGUGGAUGCGACAGAGGACUACCUUUGGGUUUGGCCACCAGUUACAAGAAUGGUUGUUACAGAACAGCCUACCACCGAAUUAAUUACUCUCUUCCCCCCUGAGGAAGAUGCUGAGGAGACCCUCCCAACUGUUGAACCUAAGGAAGAUGAAGGACCCACAACUACUGAGGCGGCUUUAGAGGAGCAACCAGACGGAGACAAUCAAAUGAUCACCAAUACAGCAUCUCUACACGUAGAACCUGCAUCCAUCGAAACAUUCACCACUGCUACACAAUCACCAAACAUGCCUUUAUCUGAGGAUGAUGUCAUCCAAGCAGAGCCUGAGGAAGUCCCCUCAGCAAAUAUUCCCCCUGGACCUUCAGAAGGAUGGGACACUCUCCAAGAAGAGGAACCACUUGAGACGGAUGUGGAUAUCUCUAAUGACUCGGACAUGCAGGAGGAUGUAGAAAAGGUAGAGGACGGUACAGAAGCCGCCAAUACGCUGGACGAGUUUGGCAGUGGAUUAGAAGGCCCAUUUGAGUCCACUGCACCCCCAGCACUCACACACAUGAACACUCCUUUAAUGGCCAGUACUGGAAAAGCCAAAGAAAUGGUGGUGUUCUUUAGUUUGCGAGUCACUAACAUGAUGUUUUCAGAGGACCUGUUCAACAAAAGCUCUCCUGAGUACAGGUCAUUGGAGAAUACCUUUCUUCAGCUGGUAGGUAAACACAUAUUUGUGCUCGAUAUUAUCUCUCUGCAUGCCUUGUUGUCAUACCUGUAUUUUUAGCUGCAAGCUCUUGUUUCAAACUGUUUGAUAAGCUAAUUGUGCAUUAAGCAAUGGUUGGGUGUUUGAAGUGAAGUGAACAUUUAAGUAGUCCCAAGUGAAUAGGGGCUAUUUUUUAAACUAGACAAGUGAUGAUGUAAGCCUGAUUAUAUUAAUUAAUUACAUUAAUUAAUUAAUCGAUACUGGUGCUAUAUGUUAACAGCCAAGUACAUUGGGGUAGAGUUCUCAGAGUUCAUCAGAAGACCUGUCCAUAUAAAAAACUGGCUACAUUUU